AUGAUCGAGUUGGUAAAAGUGACCGAUGGCUUAAGAGUAAAUGGGGCUGUGAGGGACAUAGGUGCAGAUUCGUUUGUUUGUAGAGUGCAGUUUCUGAAUGAUUUGGAUCCAUUCAUAGAGUAUAACGUGAGAGAGCCCACUAGGCCGUUAUACCAUACGUUUAACACAACAAUACCGCUGUCAUAUCAAAUUGCUGCCGUCCAUCGCUUGCUGCAGGCUCCACACCGGCUGGAUGACGUCGCGCUGCAGGUGUUCAAGGACGGCGACUACGGUGCAUAUUUAGACCUAGACUCAACCCUCGGCGAACAAGAUGAAGAACUGGAAGGAUUACAAGAGAACCGGAAAAAUGCUCUUGUUUUGCGGACGCAGCUUUCAGUUAGAGUUCAUGCAAUCAUUGAGAGGUUGCUGCAUUCGCAAGGCCGUGAACUCCGUAGGGCAUUAUUUACCCUUAAACAAAUUCUGCAGUCCGACAAAGAUCUCGUCCAUGAAUUUGUUGCAAAUAAGGGCUUGGAUUGUCUAAUGCAGGUCGCCAGUGUGGCAGAUCAUAAUUAUCUCGAUUACAUUUUGAGAGCCCUUGGUCAGAUUCUUCUCUAUGUUGAUGGCAUGCAUGGCGUAAUGACACAUAAACGAUGCAUCCAGUGGCUAUAUUCCUUAAUAUCCAGCAAAUUUCGGCACGUUGUUAAAACUGCCCUCAAACUACUUCUAGUAUUCGUUGAAUAUACAGAAAAUAAUUGUCUACUUCUAAUAGAUGCCAUUAAUGUUAUUGAUAACACCAACGGCAGGCAGCCAUGGUACAAUGUUAUGAAAAUUCUUCAAGAUUUCGAUGCCUCAGACACUGAAUUGCUUAUAUACGCAACUACAUUGAUAAAUAGAUGUCUUAAUAACGUUCCCGAUAGAGAUACAUAUUACGAUCAGGUUGACGCCCUGCAGGAUCAGGGAAUGGAUGAUAUAGUUCAAUUGUAUAUGUCUAAACAGGGCACAGAUUUAGACCUUCUCAGACAACUGCAGAUAUUUGAAGCCGUUCUUCUUUAUGAAGAUGGAGACGAAAGCGGCACCGCACUUAAACAACUAGAUGAUUCAGUAAUUACUUCAGUGAGGCGGAGAAGUCUUAAUCUCAGUACAUCAGACAGACGGAAGUCUAAAAACCAACAAAUAAGGGAAAAAGCCAAAUCACCAGUCAUCCAUCAUGUGGAGCCUGAUACUAAAUUAGCCAAUAACAUCCGUUCGCCAUACCUACCGACAAUAAUUGAUAACAAAGAGAACAAAGAACUAAGUACAGCCCUUAAAAGAAGAAGAGACAGAUAUGCAAGACAAGCACAUCACAUUAUACAACAGCAGGAAUUAAUGAAUAACUCUAGUGAUAUCUAUAACGGUCUCUUCAGUAACAUAAACAGAGAUUAUAAAAGUACAAAUGGAACAUAUACCACUUCUACCGGAAAUUUUACAAACUCAAUUGCAACUUACCCGAACUCUAAUGGAAGUUAUACCAACACCAAUGGUGCACUAAACGGCCAAAUGCAUUACAAUAACAAUGGAAUCAAUGGGCAUUUGGAUGAGGAAAGGUCUUUUAUAAAUAGAGCACCAAGAAGCCCAAACCUACCAGAUGUACUGAAAAAUGGCAACCAAAGAUACACUGCUGGGCUUAAACAAAGAAUACACAAUGGAACACUAGGUCACUCCGUUAACACCGUUGAUACAUACGCUGUAAUACGACAGAAACAGAUAGAUGCAUCACCCGAAGUAAAAGAAGAUAGGGGAAUAAUAAUCAAUAGGGAACAUAGUAUUAAAGACAUAGCACAAAUGCUUACAAGGCCAGCAAGUCCAACUACAGAUGAUAAACAACUACGAGUAGCUGAUAUGGCGGGGAUUGUUUUGAAAGCCAAAGAAGAGUUAGCUAAAUCUCAGUCAAAAGAAAUUGUUAAAAGUCCGAGCAUCGAAAAGAGCCCCAAAGUACAUGAAAUAAAAGUGUCAGAAAAUGAUCUACAUUGGGAAGAGUUAAGAAAAGGUGGUCUUAAUAGAGAAUUUCAUCUAUGUGAUCUAGACUUUUCGGAUUUAAGACAUGAUUCUGAUGAUGACAUGACAUCUCCAUCUAUUUGUUCAAUUAAUGGGCCACCACCUCCUCCCCCAAAUAUGUUCCCACCUGUAGGAAUACCACCACCAUUACCUGGUUCAUUACCACCAAUGAACAAGCACACUGUUCCGCAUCCACCAAGAUCUUUGUCCUUAGAUUUAUCACAGGAAUGUGAUAAUAGUACUAUAAAGAAAAAUAAGAAAACGGUAAAAUUAUUCUGGCGAGAAAUCCAAGAAAAUCCAGUUCCUGUUGCAAUAAGGUCGAAAGUUGGUGGUUUUAUUUGGGAUGAACUUCCGGAAAUAAAUUUAGAUACGGCAAUGUUGGAACAUCUCUUCGAGUCAAGAACCAAUGAUUUAAUAAUUAAGAAAUUAAUGGAACCAAAGAGAAAUCUCAUAUUAGAUGCUAAGCGUUCAAACGCAAUUAAUAUAGCCAUGAAAAAAUUACCAACGCCACAGACAAUCAAGGCUGCGAUCAUGAAAAUGGACGCAACAGUUAUAGGAAGAGAAGGUAUAGAGAAACUCCUAACAAUGCUCCCGACAGAAGAGGAGAAAGUAAAGAUUCAAGAAGCACAGUACGCAAACCCUGAUUUGCCUCUUGGAAGCGCUGAACAGUUUCUACUUACCUUAGCAUCAAUUAAUGAAUUAUCUUCCAGACUAAAGCUUUGGGUCUUUAAGCUUGACUUUGAUAAUUUAGAGAAAGAGAUUGCUGAACCACUCAUGGACCUAAAGCAAGGGAUAGAGCUGUUGAAAGCGAAUAAAACAUUCAAAGUGAUACUGUCAACGUUGAGGUCUGUAGGAAGUUUCCUUAACGGGAGCCAAGUGAAAGGUUUCCGAUUGGAGUACUUGUCCAAAGUAAUGGAAGUCAAGGACACAGUGCACAAACAUCCUCUGCUGUACCACAUUUGCGAAAUGAUCAUAGAGAAAUUUCCUGAGAGCACCGACUUUUUUAGCGAGGUGGGACCAGUGAUCAGAGCGUCAAAAGUUGACUUCGACGUAUUGAACUCAAACUUGCAGAAAUUAGAAUCGGACUGCAAAGCGUCGUGGGACCACAUGAAACGUGUCGCCAAACACGACGGCUCGCAGAUUUUCAAGACGAAAAUCAACGAGUUCUUGACGGACGCUGCCGAGAGAAUCAUACUGUUGGGGGUAAUUAAGAAGAGGGUAAUGAGCAGGUACAAUAAAUUCUUACUCUUCCUCGGUGUUCCUCCCGGAGACAUAUCGAAGACCAAACCAUCGGAGUUCCUUAAGGUGAUAGCAGAGUUCGCUCUGGAGUAUCGAACCACAAGAGAGAGGGUACUUCAGCAAUUGGAAAAGCGAGCAAACCACAGAGAGAGGAAUAAGACGAGGGGCAAAAUGAUUAUUGAUGUUGGUAACUACUCCAACAAAAACGGAGACCAUGUAGCAGAUAGCGCACUGAAGGAACUGCUCAAGACCGACCCGGAGACUGACAGCUUGACUGAAGGAAGGCGAAAGUCGCAACCGACCAGCUUUAGAAAGAAUCUCAUUAACGGCGACAUGACAGCGGACGAUGAGAUAAUCGAAAGUCUAGUGAGAUCGGCCACUUCGAAGAGGAGACCCGUGCCAAGAGAAAGGAGGAGGAAUAGGAUCUCAUCCGACAAGAAAUAUUUCAACAGGACUCUAGACGGACAUCAAUCUUGGCCUGGCCGAGAGAGUAGUCCCGGGUCUACAACAAACAUCCAGCAUAGAUAG